ACUUCCCACUUUUUCUCUCUCUAGCUCUCUCUUUCUCUCUCUCUCCCCUCUGCAUACGCAGAGCACAGCACAGCACAGCACAGCACGCACUCCCCUACCCGCCUUCUCUCUCUACUCUCUCUCUCUCUCUAUACAUGCAACGAGGAUGGGCAACCUCUGCACCUGCUUCUCGCGCAAACCGGUGAAGAAGAGGCGCCUCGCCGCGGCCAAGCGCCUCACCAACCACGGCCACCCGCCGCCGUCCCUCCCCGGCUCGACGGCCGCCCGGUGGAACCGCUCCCGCUCGUCGCGCGGGGACAAGGUCGAGGCCCUGUCGCAGGAGGAGGCCGCCGCCGCCGCCGCCGCGAUCCUCCUCCGGCGGCGCCAGCAGAACGGCCAGGCCGAGCGGUCCGCGCCCUUCGACCGCUCCGCCUCGCACAGGUACCCGAGCUCGGGUCCCAAGAAGCAGGCCGCCCUGCCCAGGAGCUCGAGCUCCCGCGCGCGGUCGCUCACCGAUCCUCUGCUGCAGCCUCAACAGCUCGUCAACCAGGAAAUAAAGAUCGAUGAUCUAGAAACAGACCAUUUCGUCCUUGUCCAUGGAGGUGGUUUUGGCGCCUGGUGUUGGUACAAAACUAUAGCAUACCUUGAGGACGGGGGUUUCAAGGUUACUGCCAUAGACUUAACUGGUUCUGGGAUUCACUCGUUCGAUACAAAUGGUGUCACCAGUCUAUCGCAGUAUGUGAAGCCGUUGACUGAUUUCCUCGAAAAGCUUGCUGAUGGGGAGAAGGUAAUCCUGGUGGGACAUGAUUUUGGGGGUGCAUGCAUUUCAUAUGCAAUGGAACUGCUUCCCUCUAAAAUUUCAAAAGCUAUUUUUGUGGCAGCUGCCAUGUUAACUAAUGGCCAAAGUACCCUGGACAUGUUUGCAAAGCAGGCGGGCACAAAUGAUCUGAUGCAGCAAACUCAGAUAUUUUUGUACGCCAAUGGGAAUGACAACCCUCCGACUGCAAUUGACCUGGACAAGUCACUGUUGAAAGACUUGCUGUUUAACAGGAGCCCUUCCAAGGAUGUCGCAUUAGCAUCUGUUUCGAUGAGACCAAUUCCUUUUGCUCCGGUGCUUGAGAAGCUCUCCCUUUCAAAGAAGUACGGUAUUGUGAGGCGUUUUUAUGUAGAGACUUCCGAAGAUAACGCCAUUUCCCUUGAACUCCAGGAGAGCAUGGUUAACGCGGACCCCCCAGAACGCGUAUUUCUUCUAAGAGGUUCUGAUCACUCGCCUUUCUUCUCGAAGCCUCAAGGCCUGCACAAGAUUUUGGUAGAGAUUUCGAGAAUUCCCUGAACUCAGAUAGACUCGUGAGCAUGACUUAGAUUAUUCCGGUCCACGGAGACCCCUCCCGUGGCGUACCCGCUCGAGCUGAAUGCAGAACUUGCAAAUAAAGGAGGAGAUCAUGCCCACAUGCAUGCAUGCCCCGGAGUUUUCCCAGAAUCCUCCUGAACAAAGAUUGGGCAUGGUGUCAGGGGCGGACACUCCUCCACUCCGUGACAACCAAGCGUCGGCGUAAUGGCACAGUUCUGCUUUCCGAGGUGUAAGAGAUGUUUAUAUGAAUGUUACGGUUCCGAAGGUUCACAGAAAUAAUUCAUGGGAAGUUUUGAUCUGAAUAGCAGAGAAUGCAUGGUCUUUGCUCCAUUUUCUGGCGACAUUGCCGGUCGAUGAAAGCAUACACGGCCGUGAUCAAACUAUCUAUGAUCUCACUGAAGCAGAAACAUGACUGUGAAAGUGAACUGAGUCACGAUCGCUUAUAAUUUUUCCAAGGAGCCUGAAUAGGCUUAGCUGGAGAAUUCAUGUCAA